CUCUGUGGACGGAUCGACCUUUUCGGGAGCGAUGUCAAAGCCCAUGUCUGCAAGUUUCAAGCCAGGCAACAGCUGGCUCAGAUCAUGCGUCGCUUCUUCCUCUCGACUCAGUGUGGGCUCCCAGCCGCCGCCGCCGCCGCCGCAUCGAUAUCCUGCAUUAGAGACUUCGACACGGAGAAGUGGCCGAUCGAUCCGAUAUCAAUCCUCGUCUACUGAACCUUCACGGCGUCCACCGCCUCUAGUCUCUAGAUCUCGGAAGCCUAAAGAGAAUACCGAGGUGAUUAGGACAGAACCUGAAAUCAAGGAUGGACCUGGCGCGCCUGCGUCUGUUCCACCUAGUGCUCCGAAGGAGAAGCCUCGACAGGAUUUCAAUACGUCUCUUUCUUGGCUCGUACUUCCAGACCCAGAUCAUAUGAAUUAUCGCCGUGUGACUGCUCAGGACCUGAGGAAUCGACGAGAACCGCCUACGAGAGUCAAGAUGUUGGUCAGGGAAUACAUUCAUGACAGUUUGUACAAUCCUCACUAUGGUUAUUUCUCAAAAAAGGCAACCAUCUUUCGAUCUCCACCUGGAGGAUACGAUUUCUCCACCUUUCGAGACCAGACUGAAUUCCAAGAACAAGUCGCCAGUCGGUAUGCGGCAGAGUAUGGAGAUAUGAUCGAGGGGAGUUUAGGGAGACAAGUCUGGCAUACCCCGACAGAGUUGUUUUCGCCAUAUUACGCCCAAGCUCUGGUAUCCGGCAUAAUCACCGCCCACAAGUCUUCCGCAAAAUCUCCUUCAUCCCCUUUGAUUAUCUACGAGCUUGGCGCAGGCAACGGAUCCUUCAUGUCUGAUGCGUUGUCUUUUAUCCGGGAUCAACAUCCCGAUCUCUGGCCGCAGACGCGGUACAGAGUUAUCGAGAUCAGUCCUGAGCUCGCCAGACUCCAGAGGGAACGAGCGAAAGAGUCCAAAGUGGAUCACAAGGUGGAAAUAUUGAAUACUGAUGUAUUCGAUUGGGAGGGCGGUGAUAAAGAGCCGUGUUAUGUCGUUGCUUUAGAGAUGCUGGACAACCUCGCUCAUGACAUGGUUCGAUACGACAUCCAAACGCUCCAGCCAUACCAGACACUGGUCACUAUAGACGCAACGGGCAACUUUAAUCUCAUCUACGAGCCUAUCACCGAUCCGACCCUCUCACAAGCCAUGUCAUACUAUGAUCGUCUGUCUACCUCAUCAACCUCAUCUCGUCGUCAUACGGUCCCCAACAUCCCCUCUCUUAUCCGAUCCUCGACCUUGCUCCGAAAAGCCUAUACAGAACUCCCAUUCGCACCGAAUCUGUCUUCGCCCGAUUUCAUUCCUUCCAAAGCUAUUGCAUUGAUCAAGAAAUUGAAAGAACAACUUCCAAAUCACAGAUUCUUAGCGGCUGAUUUUGCAACGUUACCGGAUACAGUGUCGGGGCGAAAUGGUCCAGUCGUCCAGACUCGACUGGGUAGAGUCAUGGUAUCUGUCGGGACAUUUCUGGUCAAACAUGGAUAUUUCGAUAUCUUCUUCCCAACCAAUUUCGAGCUCUUGAGGGAUAUCCUUGCGCUGAUCACUAAAGAUUUGCCAUCCGCUUCGAUUCCUGGAGGUGGUAUCCCUGCUAUCGAGAUUACCUCACAAUCCGACUUUGUCCGCAAGUACGGAGGGUCGGAGUUGACAAAAAAGCUCACGACGAGGAACGGAGUCAGCAUCAUGGACGCAAUGUACGGGAACGCGAAGGUCAUGUUUUAGUAGGGCAUCGUCGAUCUAGUAUCAGCGCGGACGGCUAUCGACGAACCCCCACAGACUCUAUCGUCCCUGUGUGAACAGAGCUAAUGGCAUU